GGCGGCGGCUUCCCCUUCCCCUUCGUCACUGGCGACGUCAUCUUGUCGUUGAGGAGCGAGGAAGGCUCGAGAUGGACGAAAACAACAAGAUGGCGGCGGGCAAAGUGAAGAAGCCCGGAAAACGAGGCCGCAAGCCGGCCAAGAUCGACCUGAAGGCCAAGCUGGAGCGAAGCCGGCAGAGCGCCAGGGAGUGCCGGGCCAGGAAGAAGCUGCGCUACCAGUACCUGGAAGAACUGGUCUCCAGCAAGGAGAGGGCCAUCUGCGCGCUCCGGGAGGAGCUGGACAUGUACAAGCAGUGGUGCUCGGCCAUGGACCAGGGCAAGAUUCCCUCGGAGAUCAAAGCUCUGCUGACGGGCGACGACCAGCACCAUCGCGGUCCCGCGACGGGCGCGAGCGCCACCAAAACGCCCAAGAGCGCCAAGAGCGCCAAGAACGCCGACGACGACCACGACCGCGUCGUGUAAGGCCGAGCCACGGAGAACUCGCGCCGUCCGAAAACGGACGCCCACGCCGCGUGAAGCACGUUUUUACCGUCUGCGGGUCAGCGAUGCCAGGAAAGCGCAAUACACGCUGGACUGGUCGCCGGCCCAUUGCUGGGCACAUCGAAACACGCCCGCCAUUGCACUGAAUAAAACAAACCAAAAAGUC